CUUGACCGUGCAUCGUUCAAUAAUUCCUAGGAAAAUAUCUAGUUCGUUUUACGUUCGCAUUACCGGGAAAUGGAAACAAGUCAAGAUAAGAAGGUUCGAAUACGAAACGGUCGAGGUCAACGUAUACGUGGCGUUCAUUCUGAUUUGUUUCGCGCGUCAUCGUUUAGUGUUACGUCACGUUUCGGUAUUCAAAAGAAAAAAGCGAAUCGGUCUAUUUGCAAGUUUGUUGCACGAGCGUUAUACAACGGAGGCAACGACGACGCAACGCGACGUAACCAACGUACCACGCGACACCGGACACUCGGUUCACUUCGUGCAUGUUCGUGCAUACUCGUAUAAACUCGACGCGGCACGAAAAUCUGAUAGAUUUCAAAAGUACGCGCGUCCCGAUCAUUUAUUUGAGAAAAUCAUUUCGCGUUUGAACGAUACGUCGCAUGAGAAAAGCUCACAUCAUGCACUUGCGAUCUAUCGAUCGAAGAAAGAAAGACAAAGAGAGAGAAAUAUUUCGAUGAAAAUAGUCAUAACGAAACAAAAUCGAUCGAUCUGUCGAUCAAUCUUGAUACCUUAAGAAUUUUUCCGCGCGCAUUUUCGAGAUUCAGCGAGGCUAACUAGGGUUAACUCGACUCUCAAUUGAUUACGCGUAUCUUAAUUGACAGAUCUAGAGUAGGCGUUUACGUUCUAUCGAUUUCAAUCUCACCAACGAAAAAGUUCCAAUAUACGAAGCGAGGACGUGGCACAAGUCGCCGGGGAACAGUGGAUCUCAAAAGUGUUCGGUCGACUGACCACCGACGAGGAACGAGUUCGAACUAUUUUCACAGAUGGAAAGAUAAAGGACGCUGUGCUGGAAACGUUGAAUCGCACGGAGAUCCUUUAUCGCGACAAGGAUGCAAUGGCGUCUAGAGCGAGAAGGCUCGAAGGAUUCGAAGCCUUAGCAGCGGACGAAAAGAGGAAGGCGUUGUUACUGUUCAGUCAAGCCAUUCUUCGAGCACCUCUUCCAGGGAAAUGUAAGACAGUCGAUCGAGGAUUAGGAUUGCCACUCGCGUUUCUAGCUAGAGCCGAAGCUUUUCUCACAUGGAACGAAUAUCGGUUCGCUUUGGAAGAUUUGACUUUCGUCGAGGAGAUGAAUCAUCUUCUGCCAAACGAAUUAAGAACAAUGUUGGCUCGGAAGAAAGAAACGUGCGAGAAAUUCUUACGUGCAAGUGAGAAAAACCUAGUAUCUAUAGAACAGGAUCGAAGGAAUGGAGCACUGGUUGCCACCGAGGAAAAAUAUGUAUUAAAAGGUGGUGAAAAUCCUCGCCUACCAGGAGCCUCGAUUCUCCUCGACGUUGAAGAAACGGUGAAUGCUGGCAAACGAGUGAUCGCGGCCAAGAAUAUCGAACCUGGAGAUCGAUUGAUCAUUGAAUCACCACACGCGGCUAUUCUGCUUCCAGAAUUCUUCGGUACCCAUUGCCAACACUGCUUUUCAAGAUUCAAAGCUCCGAUAGGAUGUCCGGAUUGCAGCAGCGUGGCGUUCUGUGGAAGAAAGUGCAGGGAUGCAGCUUUGGCCAGCUACCACAAAUACGAGUGCAAAAUUUUGGUCCUGUUGAUAGGCUCGGGGAUGAGCGUUCUGAGCAUGCUCGCCUUGCGAAUGGCGACUCAAGUUGGUCCAGCCGGCUGCCUCCGCAUUUACCGAGCAUUAAAUCGUCAAGAUUCUGUGAUAGACGGGGAGGAAAUUGCAGAAUCAUCGACGAUAACAACAACGACGGAGAAACUGAGCAAAUCGGCGAAACGUCGUUCGAGAAGGAAGAAACUGCGAGACUCGAGGCGGUCAAAGGGGGAGGAAACGGUAGCGGAACGUCGGGAAAUAAAAGGAGAGGAAGAAGAAGAUGAGGAGAAAAUGGUGGAAAAUAUGGAUCUACGAGUAUACGAUCUCGUGAUGCAUGAAAAACGAAGGACGGCCAAGGACUUUUUCGAAAGAUCCUUGAUGGCAGCGUUCCUUUUCAAGUGCUUGCAGAAAGUUGGAUUCUUCGAUAAUCCCUCGAGCAACGAAGAAAUGCCCAACGAUCGAGAGAUCGCAGUGGCUAGUCUCCUGCUGAAACAUCUUCAAUUGUUGCAAUUCAACGCGCACGAAGUAUUCGAGACGCGACUUGGAACGGAGCAUCGGUUUCGUGGUAGCAAACCUAUCUAUAUAGGAGUAGCCAUUUAUCCGACAGUUGCCCGAUUCAAUCACGAUUGUUAUCCGGCGGUAACCAGAUAUUUUCUCGGUCGUUGUAUCGUGAUUCGAGCAACUCGCAGUCUCCAACCAGGAGACGUAGUCGCUGAAAAUUACGGGCCUAUAUUCACGAAACGAAACUUAGAGGAGAGGCGAAGAAAUCUGGCUGGAAGAUAUUGGUUUUUCUGCGAAUGCAAUGCUUGUCGUGAAAACUGGCCAUGCUUGGAAAUUAUGACAAACGAUGAUGUUAGACUGAGAUGUCCAACCAAAGGAUGCUCUAACAUUCACCAACGUCCACGAAAUUCCAGCAAAUCCAUCUUCGAAUGCUCCUGUUGUCGACGAAAAAUUGAUUUGAGAAAACCGUUGGACCACGUGCGCGAAUGCGAACAACUAUACACUCGAGGAUUUGAAGCAAUGGAAAAAGAACAACCCGAGAAGGCACUGGAGGCAUUCUUUGAAGCAACGAGCAAGUUUCAUAAAAUCGCUAUGCCGCCUCAUAAAGACACUCACUUGGCUGAAAUUGCAGCGAGCGCGUGCAUGGCGGAUGAAGGAAACGUUUACCGACUUGAUUCUUUCCUUUGAUUACGCGAAUUCGCUAUCAUCUAUUUGUGAACAACGAAACAGGAAGAAAUGAAACUAACAGGAAUAGAAAAACAAAAAAAAUUAUGUGAUUAUUACGUUCAUCGUAGUUUGAUCAUUUGAGCAACAUUUAUCUCGAUAAAUGAUGAUUAAAAUAAAAAUAUUUCAAAGAACGAAAUUGUUACAAAUAUCACGUGAUAGAUCGGAAAAAAGGAGAAAUAUAUGGAUAAUCGAUGUGAGAGUGUAACAAACUUCACCCUCAAUUCGUGAGUUUUGCGAUUUUUUUGGCAUUUAUUUUUUAUAAUGCACAUGUUUCGUGAAAAAAUUAAAUUCCGUAUAUGAAAGUAGCUUUUCCAAGUUUCGCAUUUCGGUACAAAAUUCACUGGGUUCAAAGGGAAGGAGGGAAUCGUCAGUCGUUGAGGAAACAAGGAUAAGGAUAAGGACAAGGAUAUAUGGAUUGGGAUAAGGAAAAAUAUGGAAAAAGGUUAAGGUUAAGAAUGAGGAAAGCAGGAUAGAUCGAUCGAUGGGAUAUCGAUCGACGGACGUCGUGUUGCAACGCGUCCAGGUCGCGACCGGCGAGAUCUACGUCUCCUCUUUUACCUGUUGUUUCUUCGAGAGCCACAAGUUCCCUCGACAUUCUUUUUUUCUUUCAUUCCUUUUUCUUUCCAUUUGUCCCUCGAUCCGAGAUUCUAAGGACAGCUCAUCGUGCAUCAUUGCGAUCGCUCCUCGCGAAAAGCUGAAUUUAAAACUAAUUGACUGUCGCAACGAGUUGGUACGCGAAUUGUCACGAUCCUCUCGUACUCGUCUCUCCCUCAAAAGUAAUAAACGCGAUCCAAAAACGUCUCGCGUGAGA